CGCUGUCGGUAUCCAGCUGCUAACGAAGAUUCCGUAACUUCAGUGCAGGUUUGCGUUUCAUUUAUUCGCCUUCUUAAACGAAGACAUCUCGUCAAAGGGAGUAAAUGUUACUUUAACGUGAACAACCGUUUAUUUUGCCUCCUGUCGUCGGGUUCUGUGUCGUUGAAGACGGCCAUGUUCAACCCCAGUGAACUAGAAGGUGAAGUUGACCAUUCAUUUUUCGAUAGUGACUGUGCUGAUAGCAGUGGAGAUGGAUGGAAAAAGACAGAGAAAGAUUUCAAGGCUGAAAAGGAGAGGCGUGCUGCACAUGAGACAUUGAAUGCAAAACAUGCUGAACAUGCACAAGGGUAUCACUCCCUGAGGACUGAAAGGACAAGAAAACAUCUGAAACAGGUGGAGAAUAACAACAGCAGAAGAGUAGAAAGGAAAGAAAGAUGCAGGACAUCCAGUGUAUCAUCUGUCUCUGGUAUAUCAGAUAAAGUCAUAAAUGAUAGCAGUGAAAGUGAGGAUGACUCUAAUUUGCCCUCUAAAAGAGCCAGUGGAACAUUUAUGGGUUUGUUGGCUGACUCCAGAGAUGUCGAUGAUACGGAUGCCUAUAACCAGAGCCCAAAUGAGAGUGAAGAAGAAGCAUUAGCAUUCAAGGCUAGCACUAAAAGGAGAUAUAAACAAUCUCCAAAAAAACUGCAAAGAAAUCGGUGUAGCCCAAGUCCAUCUCCUACUUCAAGUGAGACCAGUGCAGAUGCAGACCCAGAGAGCUCCUGUAGCAGCAGCAGCCGCAGGAGCAGCAGCAGUUUAGAGUCCCCCACUCCCUCCAAACACAACCAGUCUUCUUUAUGUCCUGGCGUGAGAAGGCAGUCAUCAGGAUCUCGGGAUGUGCCUGAUAUUCACACAGAAGAGUCUGAUGAUAGAAUGACAGAUGUGAGCCCGCUGUCCUCUAAUGACACCAGCCCUCUGCAGUCGUUGGACCUGAACCACAGAGAAGUUGAAAAGGGAAGCCAAAAACAGGAGCAGCAGCAGCAGCAGGAGAGUGUGCCCUCCAGUGGCCUUAGCAACAGGCAUCAAGAUGAGGAUUCAGAUCCGGAUGUGGAUGACUGCUCUCUCCGUCUAGAGAGUCAGCUUGAAAGUAGCCUGGUCCUUCGCUGUCCUGGAGGAAGAAACAGAAAGAACUACUCGUUUACUAAUGAUGAAGUGCGGCGCAUAGAUCGGGAGAAUCGGCGACUUCUUCGGGAGCUGUCGCGCCUUUCUCCAGGGCCCAGACCUGGAAGCGUCGUCGGGAAGAAAACCCACGUGGGAGUUAAGUCGCCUCUAAUUCGCCCGUCUCACAGUGCACUGAACAGACAGCGGGAACAGCAACGCAUUGAGAGGGAGAACCUGGCUUUCUUGAAGAGACUAGAGUCUGUCAAACCUACACCCGGCUUAAAGCGCUCAGAACAAAUGGCAGACUAUCAGCGCCAUGUCGGAUACCUGGGAGCUCCUUCAUAUUCCAUCUGCAGGUCAACCACAAAAAAAGACAGAUCUAGCAGCAGGACAGCCUCAGCAACAGGUGCCAGGCCAGCCAGCUCCAGAGCAGCUUCCGCCACCACCGACUCCAGCAGCACACCUUUACCCAGGUCAAAAAAAGUGAAUGGAGCCCGACCGGCCUGGUGCUGAGAACCUGCUGUUUGACAUCUGAUCUACAAAGAAGCACGACUGGUUUCAUUCAGUGAUGUUUGUUGUUGUUCUUUCGUCACAGAAGGUCGACUUUGAAAGGUACAAAGCCAUGUUUUUCCAUGUAUAGGUUCAUCACAUUGACUGAAUUAACUCUCCAAUGAUUGUGUUGUCCUGCUUAUUUGUUAUGAAGAAGAUGAAAUUUUCUCUGCAAUGGGAUGCUGAAAUAUAGCGAUUUAUGCUCUGAUCUUUAAGCUAUAAUAAUUUGCUUCAGUUGUGGUAGCGCUUGACAAUACUUGCAUUUUUGCAGGAUAUAUUGCUUGUACUUCAGCAGCUAUGUUGAAAUGAUGAUAUCUAAUUGAUUCUGUUUUUUUGGGUGAGUGAAAUUUCCAUUAAAUGGCAAAUUCUUUUGUUCAGCCCUUUUUUGUUACAUUUUUAUGAUUUGUGAUGCAGUAAGUAUGGUUUUUACACAAUUAAAGUGAUGUUUAAAAGCUUA